AUGGCGAAGCGUCAGGUAGAGGAGACUGCAGAAAAUGGCAAAAAGAAAAAGAGGGGCUACCAAGAAAAUUAUAUUGAGUUCGGCUUCAUAGAAGCAAUGGAUAAAGUGAGAGCUGAAUGUAUAUUUUGCCGUGAGAAACUGGCAAAUGAAAGUUUGAAGCCCUGCAAGCUGAAGCGACACCAGACAACUAAACAUCCCGAGAUGGUGGGUAAACCCAAAGAGUUUUUCAUCAGAAAAAGAGAGUUUGUUGUCACUAGCAGGCCCCAAAACAUAAAGGAGAGUUUCUUCAGGGCAGGAAGCGACCAGAGGCAGGCAACGGUUGCAUCCCUUGAGUGCUCUCUCCUAAUUGCCCGAGCCAAAAAGCCACACAACAUCGGUGAAACACUGAUUAAAUCUGCUUGCAUUAAAAUGGCUGAGAUACUGUGUGGACCACAGGUGGCAAACAAAUUUAAGACUGUACCACUAUCCAACAACACAGUGAAAGACAGAAUCGACAGAAUGGCAGGAAACGUUGAGAACACACUCGUUGAAAAAAUCAGGACAGGCCCGUUUUCAAUCCAGCUGGAUGAAACUACCACUGUGGCAGAGGAAGGAAUUCUAAUUGUUUAUGUACAGUACAUUGAGGAAACUGAGCUUAAACAAGGCAUUCUUAUGUCUGUUAAUCUCACAGCCACCACAAGAGGAGAGGAUAUUUUCGGUGUAGUCGACACGUACUUCACAAGGCACAAUAUUCCCUAUGAAAAUAUAGUUGCAUGCUGCACAGAUGGAGCCGCCGCAAUGAUGGGGAGAAAUAAGGGCUUCCACAGCCGUUUGAAGGAGAAGGCCCCGCACUACUUAGUGUUUCACUGUAUGAUACACAGACACACACUGGCAGCCAAACACCUCUGUGAAGACCUGGACGUAACCUUAAAGACUGUGGUCAAAAUAGUCAACUUUAUUAAAGCUCGCCCGGUCAACAAAAGGAUCUUUGCACAGCUGUGUGAGGAUGAGGCGCACCAGACACUUCUCCUCCACACUGAAGUGCGCUGGCUUUCCCGGGGCAGAGUGUUGGUGCGUUUCAUGGAACUUAAAUGGCAAAUAAGGGAAUUCUUAGCCGUUCAUAACCAGAAACUAUCCGACGAAAUGACCGACGAGUUUCUCAUUAAGACUUCAUAUCUUGCGGAGAUAUUCAGUCUGUACAACGAGGCAAACAAACGCAUGCAGGGCGCGGAUGCCAACGUAAUGGAGUGCAAAGAGGCAGUGGAUGCGUUUGUCUGCAAAGUGGAGUACAGGAAGAAUAAAUUGGGAAAGGGGGACCUGCAACAGUUUCCUUUGCUACUACAACAGUCAGGGGGGAAGUUAUCUGAUGCUUUGGCCAGACAAUUCACCCGCCACAUGGAGCAGCUUAAAGAGGAUAUGCACUUGCGUUUUUCUGAUAUUAACGAACAUGUCACAAAAGACGCAUGGGUGAUGGACCCAUUUCUCGCUAAAGAAGAAGAUGUGGAGCACCUCCAGGCUGAGGAUGAGCUCAUGGAUAUAAAGUCCAACUCUCUCUGCAAGCGAUUCUAUGAUGAGCAUGGAUACAAGCGGUUUUGGCUUGUGAAAGGACCAGGAGUCGCUCCUAGGCUUGCUCAUCAUGCGACCACCAGAUGCAUCUUGCCAUUUGCCACAACAUACCUGUCAGAGACUGCUUUCAGGGCUCUGGUCACCAUCAAAACAAAGGCACGCAACAGACUUGAUGUGCACAGUGACUUUCAUUUGGCUGUUACCAAAGUCACACCAGACAUCCCAUCACUGGUUCAAGAAAUACAGUGUCAGAGCUCUCAUUAA